AUGAAUAUGGAUGUCAGUGCAGAUCUUUGGAUGGGAUGCUUGGGAAACGACUCUUUGCUGCAGCCUGUGUGGGACAGUCUGAGGCUCAACUACAGGGACUAUUUGAGAUCUCCCCUCUUCCCCAUUGUUCUGAGUGUGUCCACAUUGCUGCACUGUGCAGGCGUCACUUUGUACAACCAUGUGUUCCUAGUGCUCACGGCAUCAGUGGCCCAGUGGGCAUGGAGGCCAGACAUUGACCUCCCGGACCAGGCUCCCUUCCUGAUGGAACUGACAGCUGGAGUGAUCGGCAACCUCCUGCUCUUUGACUUCCAGUACUUCAUCUGGCACCUGCUCCACCACAUGAUCCGUUGGCUGUACGUCACUUUCCACGCCAUCCACCAUAAUUACACGUCCCCCUUUGCUCUCGCCACUCAGUGUCUCGGCGGCUGGGAGCUGAUCACGAUCGGCUUUUGGACAACCCUGAACCCUGUGAUCCUGCAAUGCCACCUUCUCACCACAUGGGCCUUCAUGGUGGUGCACGUCUACGUUUCUAUAGAGGAUCACUGUGGCUAUGAUUUCCCCUGGUCGACAUCACGUCUGAUACCAUUUGGCAUCUACGGAGGGCCCAGCAAGCACGACGUGCACCACCAGAAACCAAACACCAACUUUGCACCACACUUCUGCCACUGGGACAAAAUAUUUGGCACAUAUGCUGAUGUCAGCUUCUCUUCAUCUAUAAAAUAA